CGGAGCCUGGGCAGAGGGCGGGCUCAGAGUCAAGUGAACGUGGGUACUGUGCUGACAUUUAGACGGCUUACCAUGGAAGCGAAACAGUUGGGCCUACCGUCCACGCCUACCCUACUCCCUGCACCCGUAUUCCAGACCCCAGGGUUUUCCGGAGCUGAAGAAUGACACGUUCCUGCGAGCAGCCUGGGGGGAAGACACAGACUACACUCCUGUUUGGUGCAUGCGGCAGGCAGGCCGCUACUUACCAGAGUUUAGAGAAACCCGGGCUACCCAGGACUUUUUCAGCACCUGUCGUUCCCCUGAGACCUGCUGUGAACUGACUCUGCAGCCACUACGUCGCUUCGCUCUGGAUGCUGCCAUCAUCUUCUCCGACAUCCUUGUUGUACCCCAGGCACUGGGCAUGGAGGUGACCAUGGUGCCUGGUAAAGGACCCAGCUUCUCAGAGCCAUUAAGGGAAGAACAGGACCUGGAGCACCUACGAGAUCCAGCAGCAGCAGCCUCUGAGCUGGCCUAUGUUUUCCAGGCCAUCACCCUUACCCGACAGCGGCUGGACGGGCGUGUGCCACUGAUUGGCUUUGCUGGCGCCCCGUGGACCCUGAUGACGUACAUGAUUGAGGGUGGCAGCUCAAGCACUAUGGCUAAGGCCAAGCGCUGGCUGUAUCAGAGACCUCAAGCUAGUCACCAGCUGCUUCGCAUACUCACUGAUACUCUGGUACCAUAUCUGGUGGGACAAGUGGCUGCUGGUGCCCAGGCAUUACAGCUUUUUGAGUCCCACGCUGGGCACCUUGGCCCACAGCUCUUCACCAAGUUUGCACUACCCUAUAUCCGUGAUGUGGCCAAGAGGGUGAAGGCUGGACUUCAGGAGGCAGGCCUGGCACCUGUGCCCAUGAUCAUCUUUGCUAAGGAUGGGCAUUUUGCCCUGGAGGAGCUGGCCCAGGCUGGCUACGAGGUGGUUGGGCUCGACUGGACACUGGCCCCAGAGAAAGCCCGGGAGCUUGUGGGGAAGACCGUGACAUUGCAGGGCAACCUGGACCCCUGUGCCCUGUAUGCAUCUGAGGAGGAGAUCCGGCAGCUGGUGCAGCAGAUGCUGGAUGACUUCGGGCCACGUCGCUACAUUGCCAACCUGGGCCAUGGGCUUUACCCUGACAUGGACCCAGAACAUGUGGGGGCCUUUGUGGAUGCUGUGCACAGACACUCACGUCUGCUUCGACAGAACUGAGCAUACACCUUCUCCCCUAAGUACCACCAACACAGAUGAUUGUUUCCAGAAAAAUAAAAGUCCCAGAGUUGGAA